CACGAGCGCUCUAGCAUGUACUGGCUUUAGAGGCUUGGUACGGCCGUUUAGUGGAAUUGGAGGCGGCGGCGGAUGGCAUGCGCUGACUUCCUUCCUCAGCUGUUAUUCUUGCCGUUAGAGGCUCAAUCUAAUGAUUAACUUCCCCUUUUCAAAUCCAUCUGCAUCUGAACAAGCCUUCCUUGCCUAGAAGAGCCGACUUACCCGUGGGCGCUUGUAAUUCACCCCCGCCUCAGCUGACAGCCUACAUCAACAUCUGCUUCCCCAAGCGGCAUUCCGCGCUUUCACUCCCACCUGACCGCCUGCACCAGCAAGUACCGCACCACGCCACACGUGAGCGAAACAUCUCUACCUAUUUGAAUAUGUCACCUUCCUUUGUAAACGCCGCCUACUACCCCUGCUGGCGCAUUUACCGCGACCUUCCCCCCUCCUCCCUCCAACUCGACUUCAUCUCGCACGUCCUGUACGCCUUCGUCCUCAUCAACACUGACGGCACCCUGCGGUUCCUUGACGAACACGCCGACUGCACCAUCGCCGCCGACGGCGAGCAGGGCUGUCUAUCGGCCGUGUCCAAACUCAAGGCGCACAGGCCAUGGCUCAAGACGCUCGUCUCCAUGGGCGGCGGCACCGGGAGCGCCGAGUUCCCCGCCAUGGCGGCGGAUCCGGCGGCCAGGGAGACGUUUGCGAGGAGUUGUCGCGAGUUUGUGGAUAGGUGGGGGUUCGAUGGCGUGGAUAUUGAUUGGGAGUGUCCCGAGACGCCGCAGGAUGGGGCCAAUUACAUGGCGUUGCUUCAUGCGCUGCGGCGGGCGCUGCCGAGGCCAAGGUAUUUGCUUACUACGGCGCUGCCAGUGGGGGAGUACUGCCUGAGGCAUCUCGAUCUGCCCACUGCUGGACAUCUACUCGACUAUUUGAAUCUAAUGGCGUAUGACUUUGUGGGCCCCUGGACCGACGUUUGUGGGCACCAGGGUCAGCUUCUUCCGCCGCCGGGGAAGCUAGAACACACCCACCCUAACUUGCGGAACUCUUGUCAUGGGGCCGUCGAGUACAUUCUUUCUCGCGGUUUUCCGGCCACGAAGCUCAUCCUCGGUAUCCCGGUGUAUGCGAGGUCUUUUGAGGGAACUCACGGAGUCGGGCAGCCGUUCACAAAGGCGGAAGAAAUGGAUUACAACGAGAUGCCACGCGAAUGGAUCCACCAGGCCUCAAUAGACCAAAGCGCCGGCGCAGCGAGCUUCGUCGACCGAUCUCCCGGCGGUAAGGGUUUUGUGAGUUUUGACGUGCCCGAAACCGUCCAACGGAAAGCAGAAUAUGUCAAAUGGAUGGGCUUGGGUGGACUUUUCUACUGGACUGGAGUUGGCGACAUCAAGGGACCCGAGAGUUUGGUUUGGGCCGGCUAUCAGGCCCUCCACAGCAAUUCGCAGUCAUCUUGAGGAGAGAGACUGCUGCAGGCUGCAAAGUGGAGACUGCCGCGAAGGUGGAAGUCUCGUGUUUUCCGAAAAUGGGUCGAGGGGAGGAAAGUCAACAAUCAGAGUCUGGCUGGGAGGAGAAGCUCCGUCGAUGCCCGCAGGAGGAGGAGCUCUGUUGAUGUGAGAAGACAGAGCGUCGGACCAUUGAUGUAACCUUUGAUGUGCAGAACAAUGACUGUGACUGCACCUUUAAAAUAGCCCCUUUGGACUAGCACUUAGACUUUAUGGAUAAAGAGGGGAUCUGUCACCUCAAAUAUGUCGACUAGGCAGUGAGCAGCCCACGAUAAUUCAUUCAUGGUUCUACUCCCUUCCUGGCAUCAACUUGCAAAGACUUCUUCUGGGACAUUCAAGGUUUUGUAAGGUAAUGUGAUUGCGAGGAAGGAAGCCAAGUAGAUGACCAAAUAAACUGCGCACCAUGAGUAUAAUAGUAUAAGUUGGCUUGAUA